UGAUCUCUUCGCAAGAUCGAGUGUAAGUAAGCCGAAGAAGAAGAAAAACAGGGAAGAGGUACUACAUAUUUGGAGGGAAUCGGCGAAUGAAUUUACUAGAACUACCGCUAAAUAGAAGCUAGCAGUCGCAGCGAAGGCCUCAAAGUAAAUUGGAGCCAUGCGACCGAUCCUUGUCAUCCUGGUUUUCUUCUCGGGAUCAGUACUCUCAAGAUACUAUGAAAAAAAACGCUUUGACCGCUCCAUCUACGAUGACUUUGAAAUACCGAAUGUUGGCAAGCACUUAAUAAAGAAGCAAUGGACAUUUAUUGAUUAUGAAACGCAUUUUAGUGCAUAUAGGGAUAAAGAAGAAAACAAUUGCUAUGUAGAGAAACUAGAAGACAAUAUCGCUGCAGAUGGGCUUUCAGAAAAUGGAAUUGAACAGAAGCAAACAUCAAAAGUUCUUUAUGCUCCAAAUGAAUUUUUGACAAAAUUAGAGGCAUGGCAAAUUGCAGGAGCUAGAAUAGUUGAUUUCUGUAAUGGUCACAAAAUUAUUUUACUACAAAAAACUAUUCCAAUAUUCGAACAAACGAUAGAUCCUUUUUUUAAUAUACUUCCUCUGGAUGAAAAUGAUAUUGUAACAAGAAGAGUAGCUGAUAUACUUCUAACACCACUGAUAAGUCGAGCUAAGAGACAAGUUGCGCUUGAAGAAAGGCAGAAGCUUAAUAAAAACUUUAAACAAAAUCGUUUGCGUCGUCAAGUACAACCAUCUCCAGGAAAAUUUCGAGGACAGACACAAUCUCAAUACUUAAGUAUCGGUAAUAAUGAACAUAAAGAAGGCAAGGCCGAGGCUGAAGCUACUCAACAAUCUUCCCGCGCAGUUGUUACUGGAAGCAAUGGUAUGGGGCAAGCACAAAGUAUGUCAUUGGGUAGUAGUGGAUGUGAAGAUUGUUCAAAAUAUACUGGUGAAAAUGUUCCAGAUAGAUAUGUUCAAAUUCCAGCAAUCAAACAACCAGGAGAUAAUACUGUUGGACAACCUGGUACGAUCACUUCUGGAAUGGGUACAACUUAUCCUAGUAAAAUAUUUGCUAGUACAGUUCGAGAUCACAUGCCUUACCUUAGUGGUGGUGCAAUGUAUCCUGGACGUAUACCUGACACUGCAACUGGUAGUGAUGCAUCAUACCCAACAAGAGUAGGUGGCACAAUUUAUCCCGGAAAUAUACCUACUACUACAAUUGAUGGUAGAGUAGUCCAUUCUGGAAGUGUACCUGGAGGAACUGUACCUGGUACAACAACUGCUGGUGGUGUAGCUUAUCCUGGAGGAGUUCCUGGCACUAUAACAGGUGGUGGUGCAGUUCACCCUGGUGGUUUACCUGGUACUGUAAUAAGUAGGCGUAUACCUUACUCUGAAGGUCCACCUCGUACUACUACUGGUGGUGGUGUAGCUUACCCUGGAAAUAUACCUACUACUACAACUGGUGCUGGUGUUGCUUACCCUGGAAAUGUACCUAGUACUGCAAUUGGUGGUGGUACAGUUUACCCUGGAAGUGUACCUAGUACUACAAUUACUGGUGGUACAAUUUACCCAGGAGGUGUACCCAGUACUACAACUGGUGGUGAUGUUGCUUACCCUGGAGGUGUACCUAGUACUGCUAUUACUGGUGGUAGAGUUUACCCUGGAGGUGUAUCUAAUGAUGGUGCAGCUUAUCCUGGAAGCAUGCCUCGUACAACAAUUGGUGAUGGUGUAACUUAUCCAGGGAGCAUGCCUAGUACAACAACUGGUGGUGGUAUACCUUAUUCUGGAAGCAUUCCUGGUAUAACAACUGGUGGUGGUGUAACUUAUUCUAGAGGAGUGCCUGGUACUGUAACAGAUGCUGGUGCAGUUCACCCUGAAGGUGUACCUGGUGCAACAACUGGUCUAGGUAUAGCUUAUCCUGGAGGAGUGCCUGGUACUGCAACAGUCGGUGGUGUAGUUCAUCCUGAAGAUGCACCUGGUACAACAACUGGUCGUAGUGUAGCUUAUCCUGGAGGAGUACCUGGUAUUGUAAUGGGUGGUGAUACAGUUCACCCUGAAAACAUACCUGGUACAACAACUGGUCAUAAUGUAGCUUAUCCUGGAGGAGUGCCUAGAACUUUAACAGGUGGUAGUACAGUUUACCCUGGAGGUGUGUCUGGUAUUACAACUGGUGGUCAUAUUGCUUAUCCUGGAGGUGUGGCUGGUACUACAACUGGUGAUGGUGCAGUUUAUCCCGGAGGUCUGCCUGGUACUGCAACUGCUGGUGGCAUAGCAUACCCUGGAAUAAUUUCUGGUACAACAACUGGUAGUGGCAUAGCUUAUCCUGGAGGUGUACCUGGUACUACGACUAGUGAUGAUGUUACUUACCCUAGAGGAGUACCUGGUACUGUAACUGGUGGUAGUAUACCUUACCCGAGUGGUGUUUAUACUAGUGGUACUGUACCAGAUAUCAGAGAUACUCUUCAUGGCCAAAUUAUAACAGACUCAAAAGCAAUUGGAGAUGCUAAUGUGUAUCCUGGUGGACAGUCUCCUACACAAUUUUUUGGAACACCAGGUACACCAAGGACUUUUCCUGGUCGUCCUGCUGAUAUUACAAGUGUCUAUGGCGGUGGUAUUUCACCACCAGCAAAUACUGUACAUUAUCCAGGAAACGUGAUACCAGGUAAAAAGAUUGAUGGAGGCAUUAUACCAGGAAUAUCUGUCACAGCUCCAAGUGGUGAUAUUACCUAUUCUACAGGUACUGCACCAGGAACAAGUAAUCUUGAUGGUACAAGAGAUUCUUUUCAAGGAAAAUACUCGGAAAAUCGUGCAAUAAUACCGCCGAGCUAUCCAUUGCAAGGACAAUAUCCUGGCAGUUCAAGAUGGCAAGAUAAAGGAGCUUUAACUUCAAGUCUUGUAGGUCAUGGACAAGUAAUUGAACAAUAUCCAAGUGAAGGACAAGGUAUCAGACAAUAUCCUGGUAGUAUACAGUAUCCAUCCAAUAUAAGAUCCAUAACAAAUACUGGAGAGAUUCCUCAAUAUUAUCAACAACCUAGUAAUCUUUUGCCUGUAGAAAAUGAUAACUCCAAUUCUCAAGCAUCUAGUUCUGUAAAACAAACAGAUUCAGGUACUCAAGCAAGCGCAUCAGCUCAAGGCAAAUUUCAACAAGGUACAGCUCAGUCUCAAGUAACAGGUACUUAUAGUGGUUCUGGAUCAUUCUCGGCUCAAGCUGGUAGUACUGACAUAAAUAAAAGUGCACGAGCUGAAAUUAAUGGUGGUAAAGAAGGUGCAGUAAGCAAUGCUCAAGGAGUUGGUGGUUAUGGAAAGAGUCAAACACAAGUUCAAUUAAAUUCAGAAUUAGGUGCUACAACAACAGGUGCACAAAGCAGUGGCUGGAAUCAUGGUACAAAUUCCCAGGUACAAGCAAGCUCCAAAGGUGGAAUGGCAGAUGCUCAAGCAAAUGGUGAAGGAAGUACUUCAAGUCAAGCUCAAAUUGGUUUUCAACCAUAUCUUAAGACAGAUGAAAAAAUUGAAAGAUAUUCGAAACCAUUCCGCGGAGGUGGAACAGCCUCCGCUCAAAGUGGAGCAUAUACAGGUCAAUCUCAAUCUCAACUUGAAGGAUCUUUCCAAUAUGGAAUUACUUACACUGGUGCUGCACAAGCAGGAUCGGGAUCUGGUGCAGCAACUUCUAGAAAGCCAUUCAACUUCAAUCUUACGGAUAGUGAGCUAUUUAAACCAUUCAAACCAUCUUAUGGACCACAAAUUGUACAGAAGAAUAGUAGUGAAAGGAUAAAUACAGCCUCAGAUAAUGAAUAUAAUCAAGACAAACUUCAGUCAGGUUUACAAACUAGUUCUAGUUUCCAAAGAAGAACUUUUACUAAGCCAGAUGACAAUUCGCAAAAUAUUACUAGUAAACCAGAUCAAUCUGUUGAAAAGUCCCAACUGGAUGAUUCUGUAUAUGAUUAUGAAGAAGAAUAUAAUGGCGAAGAUUAUGACAUGUCAUCAUUUCAAUCUUCAAUAAAUCCGAAGAUUUCAAAAAGCUAUGCUGCAGAACAAAAUAAUAGUAACUAUCAAUUACAAACAUUACAUGUUGCAGCUGGAAAUCAGUAUGAUGUUCAUGUGAAACAAGAUACUAAUGCAGCACAAGUUGGUGAUGUCCUCCAACCUGGACAAUCAUUACAAUCAAGGUACACUAUACCACCUGGCUUUCGUGGUAGAGUAACAUCUAUAGCUGGUGAUAAAAUUAUUACUCAAGGCGAUGGGAAAUCUCAAUCUCAAACAGUUUCUCUGAUUCCAAAAGAACCAAGUAUAACUUACGAAAAUAAAUCACCUAUUUCAGAAAUCAGAUCUCUUAAAACUAAUCAUGAAAGAUUAAUAGAAAGUCAUGCUGCAUCUAAAGAAAAGCAAAAAAAUACUUUUCCACAAAUCCAAUAUCAAACUUCAACAGAAUAUCCGAAAUUCAAUUCUAAUGUACCAAUGAAACCAAGUUAUUAUACAAUAACAAACAGCAUUGCUGGUAAACUAGAUGGUAGAAAUGCACCAAGGAAAUAUGAACAUCGUUAUUACACGAAAAGUUCAACUUGUGGAUAUUUUACAUUCUCUUGCAAUAUUGUAUAUGGUUCUAAUGGUAGAACAAAAAUUUGCAAACCAAAAAUGCCGACAUAUCCCGAUGGUACUCCCAUGAAAUGUUAAAUAGUGAUUAUAAGGUUUAAAAACUCUCUUGUAUUGUUUAAAAAAACUUCGUUUUUAUUCAUAGAUUAUUUUAUACUUUACUAAUAUUAGAGAUAUUUUUUUAUUACA